AUGGCGGCGCGUGUAGAUGCAGCGGCCCCUCACUGUCCCGACCGUGCGGGAGUUUGUUCUGUUAGUAAGUGUUUGUCCGGAAGUUUUUCGUAUGCGUCUCGUCUGUCUACGUUGGAAUACAAGUACAGUCGACAGACCCUGUUAGACAUCUGCAGGAACCAGCUUUGCAACACUUUGGAUACUGCACAAACAGAGUCGAUAGAGGAGCUCGGAUUACUCCGCCAGCCUGCAACCACACUGGACUCGACUACUGCUCCCCCUCCAGAAAGGAGGCACCGCAAGCGGUGUGCGAGGAAGCAGAAGAGGGGCAAGCGCGGAGGCAGCCACACACAACAACACUGUGCACUGUGCACAGACACUGUUACUUCUUAUAUCAGCAAGUGCAUCGAUGAUGUGACCCACACAAAAACCAUCAUCACUCGGGCUAACCAGAAGCCAUGGCUGACAGGGGAUGUCCAGCGGCUGCUGAGGGCCAGAGACAAUGCCUACAGAGCUGGGGAUGAAACUGGCCUGAGAACAGCGAGAGCCAACCUGUCCCGCGGCAUCAGGAAAGCAAAACAGGAAUGCACAAACAAGAUAAGCCAAUUUAAAGACUGCAGAGACACACAGAGCCUGUGGCAGGGCAUUCAUACCAUCACAGACUAUAAACCCGCACCACAGCUCUGCGACAGCAACAUCUCUCUGCUCAACAACCUCAACAGCUUCUUUGCACGUUUUGAAGCACAAAACAACACACGCCCACAGAAGACUCCACUCCCCUCCCAUGAUCAGACUCUGUGCCUGUCGGCUGCCAGCGUGAAGAGGACACUCUUCGCCAUCAACACCCGCAAGUCAACAGGUCCAGACAACAUCCCUGAAGAGAGACUUCUUGAAGAGAUGACCUUGGAGGAGCACAGGCAGCUCACCAGUGAACUGCCUCAGAGGCAGCCAGGGUUCAUUUUUGAUGCCUUGAUGAUGCAUCAGUGCAGGCAUGGUGUCCCACCGUUUGCUGGAGUGCCAGGGGUACCAUGGUGUACCUGUAGUAACUGUACAGACAUGCCUACAGACCGGGAGAGGAAAUGCUGUGGCCAGUACCCUGCAGAUUGUGUAAUAAUAAUACCGCACUUCUCCCAGUACUGUCUUGAAAAUGCUUUUUAUGCAUUCACAGGCAGUACUGGGAGGACAUUAUUGUAUUUGGCCAAACCAGGAAGCCUGGGGAUGACAACUGGGAGUAUCGUUAUGCUGCCUAUAGACAUUUCAUCUAUUGACAGUAUGGCUCUUUAGGCCAGGGAAACUGACUUGUCAUCCCCAGUUGCUGUCUUUGGAGGAUGAGGGACAAGUUCCCUCAUCCUCCAAAGACAUCACACUGGUUUCACACCUGGUCUCUGAGUUUCCCUCCAGGCCCUCUGGAACAUCCACACAGUAUCUCAGGUACUCACACACCUGCCUGUUCAUCAUCAAAUCAUCUCUUAUUUGUUACAUUUCUGAUAUUUUAUU